AUGUCUGCUUCUCUCGACGGUAUUGUCAAAUCAGUUGUUAGUGGUAACACCAUCAAAGUUUGCCAUCCUCAAAGAGCUGAUAAAGAAAAGGUUCUCGUUCUUGCCGAUGUCAAAACUCCACGUAUUGGAUCUAAAAACGAUGAAGAUGAGCCUUUCGCUUUUGAAGCAAGAGAGUUCUUGAGAAAGAAGCUUGUUGGUAAGCCAAUCAAGUUUCGAGUCGAUUACACUGUGAAAGAAACAGGCUUGAAUUAUGCCACCAUCUUUUUGGGUGAUGAGAAUAUUAAUGAGGCUGUUGUGGAGGCCGGUUUUGGUGAGGUCAAAGAGGUCAAGAAUCCAAGCGAGGAUCACAAGAGAUUGCUCGAACUCCAAAAAAAUAAGAAGGAAGGAACUGAACUUGCUCAACCUUUCGCCAAGGAAGCUAAGCUUCACACUGAAUAUCGUUUGUUGAACAGAGAUGUUACUGUUUUGUUUGAAGGUAUUGACAAUACUGGUAACUUGCAUGGAAGUAUCAUUAUUUCUGCUGAUGAAACUAGCGACAAGCCAGUCACUUAUCAAGAAGAAUUAUUGUUGACUGGUUAUGCAUCUGUUGAUGAAAGAAGCGCUCCAAAGUCUAAAUAUGCACAAAGAUUCAGAGCAGCAGAACAAAAAGCAAAAGAUGAAAAAAUAGUUUUGGAAGUUUUGUCAGGUGAUACUUUGAAGAUUAUCAAGAAUGAUGGAACUGAAGAGAAAAUCAGUCUCUCCAACAUUAAGACACCAAAAUAUAAUCCAUACGCUAAGAAGCAAGAAAAGAAGGAAGAUAAGGAAGGAGAAUCAGAAAAGAAGGGUGAAACUCAACCUUGGGGCUAUGAAGCUAAAGAAUUGUUAAGAAGCAAAGUGGCUGGAAAAGAAAUUCAUGUUGAAGUUGACUACAAGAAGGAAAUGCAAUCAACAAAGGAAGUGAGAAGAUACUGCACAGUUUUGGUGAAUAAGAAAUCAGUUGCAGUAGAGUUGGUUAGAGAAGGUUUUGCCUCUGUCAUUAAACUCAGAGCUGACGAGGAGAGAUCAUCCGCUUUUGACCAACUUAUUUUGGCUGAAAAUGAUGCUCAAAAGAGACAAAAGGGUAUUCACGGAAAGAAGAGCACCAAACCAAGUCUUUACUAA